GGAAUUCAUUUCUUUCUCAUGGCCCAAACCCAUCUUCAUCUUCACGCCUCCUCCUUAUUAAUCCUCUCAAUCCAUGGCCGCACCUCUAAUUAGCAUCUUCAUCGCCAUAAUCUCCUUUCCCCUGACCCGAUUCCAUCUCCUCCUCAUCUUCCUCCACUCCCUGUUAUAGCAGAUCUGGUUCAAAAAUGGCGUCGGUGUUUCUGUACCACGUGAUUGGGGAUCUGACGGUGGGGAAGCCGGAGCUGGCGGAGUUCGCCGAGACUGAGACGGUGGAAUCGGCGAUCAAGGCGAUCGGGGAGUCGACUGAGUGCGGAAUCCCGGUUUGGAGGAAGAAGAGCGCCGCGGCGGCGGCGGAGAGGGCGGAGAUACGGCAACAGAGGUUUGUCGGGAUCCUGAACUCGCUGGACAUUGUAGGGUUUCUGUUUUAUAAACAUGACCACAUUGCCUGUUAA